UUAAAAUUUCUCCAGAUUAGCCAGUUCACAGGUUUAUCUCUGUGCACGUAGCUGCCAUUGUGUUUCUAUGAGAACCUGAAGUUAAUUACUAUGAUUUACUGCUGAUUAGAGAGCUGUAGAGAUAUUUUGCCAUUACAUUACCACUCACUGCCAGAAACCCGACCGUGGUUUCCAGGGAAACUGGAAAUGUGAAGCUUUUCAAUAGACACAGCCACAGCCUAAAGAGCGAGGAUUGCCUAAGAUAGAUUCUUCUAGAGACAAACCUGUAGCCACUGCAAUCAGCAUCAAUCACCGGGGGGAGAUGCACGGACAGAUGUUUGUCGCAAUCGGUGCUGAGAUUUGCAAUGUUUGACCCAAAUCUGAAGAAGAGUUGUGGAGUGGCUUCAGCCUGACUUUAGACUGCUGAGGUAAUUCUAGCCCUUUAAUGCGGAGACAGAAUGGGAAGCCUUAAGGAUGAGAUGAGAGGUGUCACGGAGGACCACCAGCCUUGCGAGAAGACGGAUAAUGGGGGGCGUCCGGGAGGCUCAGAUAGCACUGCUGCGCCUGAAGGACCUCAACUGUACAGGAGUCAAGAGUCAACCACUCAAGGGGACUAUCAGCCGGCACUACAGGGGAAUGUCAGCUCUGUUGAGGAGAAAGAGAAAAACCUAAUAUCUAAAGAUCAAGUGCUUUCAGGGGGGGAUUAUAGCAAUGCUGACCUAACAGACACUGAACGAGUUAAAAACUGCACACAGAUCGAUGCCAUGCCUGCAACAGAAGAGCACAAUAAAACAACGACAGCAGCUACAAAUAACGAUGCAAAGGUGACGAUCAAGUUUCUGAGUGAUGGAGAUGGAAAACCUGAAAUUCAAGAGGAAAACUUUGAAGAUCAAAAUCUCAACAGAGGAAAAGAUGCAGGAAUUGAGAAAAUCUCAGUUGCUGUCCCAUCAACUCCAGACCCUUAUGACCCACGCUCCCCGGCCCCUUUUGGGCAGCACCACAUGCGCACACAGGUGAGCCUCGAGGUGGUCCAGUGCUGCUCGGCAGCAACCAGCCCCAUGACUCCUCCAGAGGGCAGCCAUUCCUUCUUCUUCCCAAGUUCUUUUGGGAAACCUCAAGCCGUGGGCACUGACACUAAAGAUGCAGAGUUGCAGGUGGGUCAGCAAGUGGAGUUCUGCUCUGUCGCCACAUCCCCCAUGACCCCCAAAUCCCCAUAUAGCAUGGCUUUCCCAGAGGUUAUCGGGAGAGAGCCAGUGCAAAGGGACGAGAAAGUGAAAAAGAAUGAGGAGCCGAGGGAGACUGGUCAGCAGGAGACAAAAGUUUCAGCAGAUGCUGUGUCAGAAACAACUGAAACUUUAAAAUUUACUACAUCAAAGGAGAUGACUGAGAGUUCCACCAAUGGAGUGGAUGCUGAGUUAAUAGGCGCACAUGUAAGUGUGGAGGGUAGCAAUCAGCAGUGUAAGCAGCAGAGGAUGGGAAGUAUGGAUCAAGACAUUACAAUCUUGGUGACCCAGUAUGGCAACAAUGAGGAGGAAGAAACGGACGAGGCUGAGUCGUUUUUUUAUUCUGUUGAACCGGAGAUGGUCAAAAUAGAUGAAGAUGAGGUUGGAGAAAGCUGCAGUGAUAUAAAGAGGAAGGAAGGAAAGUCCUUCAGUGAAAGUGUUCACAGGAGCACAAACGAUCCACAAACUAAAGUACCUUCUGCUGCUGUCAGCGAACAUCCGAAAACAUGCACAGGAUCCGAGCAGUCAGAGGUCGAAAACAAAGAUGCACGUGAAGAAGAGAGAGUUGUUUCUGCAAAAAAAUCCCCCAUCCCUGAAUCACCGGCUCCCUUUGGCUGCCAUAACAUCCGCACACAGGUGAGCCUGGAGGUAGUACAGUGUCAGUCUGUGGCCACCAGCCCCAUGACCCCACCUGAGGGGGACCAGGCCUUCUAUUUCCCCACCUCUUUUGGAAAAUGUGGGGCUGUGGGCACAGAGACUAAAGAUGCUGAGUUGCAGGUGGGUCAGCAGGUGGAAUUUCGCUCUGUCGCUACCGCACCCAUGACCCCGAGAACUCCCACGAUUAUGACUUUCCCUCAGGUCAUGAAGGAGCCUAGCAUAGAGGAGAAGAUAGUGGAGGAGGAAGAGGAAAAGAAAGAAGAGGCAACAGAGGAGAAAGAGGAAAAGAAAGAGGAGAAAGAGGAAAAGAAAGAGGAGGCGACAGAGGAGAAAGAGGUAAAGAAAGAGGAGGCAAUGGAGGAGAAAGAGGUAAAGAAAGAGGAGGUGAUGGAGGAGAAAGAGGAGAAAGUAACCCAAGAGAGAAAGGUGGAGGGAGUUGAAGAGAACACAAAGGAGGAAAUCAACUGUAAGGAGAAAGAUGAGGAGAAAUGCGAGGAGCCAGUGCAGGAGGUGAGCUGGGAUGAGAAGGGGAUGACGUGGGAGGUGUAUGGAGCUGUGGUGGAAGUAGCCGUGCUGGGCUCUGCCAUCCAGAAACACCUGGAGAAGCAGGUGAAGAAGCAGAAGAGGCAAUCCUCCAUGCCACCGCCUCCUCCGCUCAACCCCACAGCUACACCCCUGACCCCCGAGAUAGCCCAGGGGGGUUCAGGUAAGGGUCGUGCAGGGAGAAGAGGGGAGCAUGAUGGGAAAGCGGGCCGACGCAGAAGAAACCCCUUCCGCCUGCUGAUGGAGAACAUGCAGCAGCCACACUGUUGCUCCAGAGCUCAUACCACUGAGUGA